UAAAUUGGAGAUUGAUAUCACCAAACGCACACCUGUUCCGUACACGACUACACAAUCCGUCAAUCCGUGAUCCGUCACCUACUCACCUCGUAUCAAAUUGUCAAGGACAGUAGUCCACUGCUCCACCCUCUACAGAGACAGACUAAAGGGAGAGAGAAAAGAAGAUGAACCACAGAGCUGCACCAUUACCGCAGCAACUCUCACUGCGAUGCCUGUCGUGCAGGGAGGAGUACACCGCAACCGACGCCGGAACCUGCAAAGAGUGUUACGAAGAAGCCAGCGAAACCGAAGACGAGCUUAAGAGUGAGAUUGAUGAUCUCAAGGCUAAAGUCGCUUUCCUUCGUCUAGGCUCAUCUCCUCUCGAUUCCCACAAGCGAUCCUCCGCCCUUGGCUUCUCCGACGUCGUUUUGGUCGCCUCCGAUGAGUUCCACUCCAACCCAGUCUCUCUCCUCGCUCAUAAAGCUGUUUUGGCAAGUCGAUCCCCAGUUUUCAAAGCCAUGCUCGAGAUUGAAAUGGAGGAGAGCCGUAGUGGAACCAUCAAUAUCAGUGACGUGUCCUACGAUGCCUUGCGAGCCUUUGUCAACUACUUAUACACUGCUGAAGCAUCCCUUGAUGAGCAACUAGCAUGUGAUCUCUUAGUUUUGGCUGAAAAAUAUGAAGUGAAAUAUUUGAAGACAUACUGUGAGAAAUUCUUAGUGUCCAAAUUGAAUGGGCAAAAUUCAAUUGCAAGCUACAGUUUUGCACAUCAACAUAAUGCUAAUCACUUGGUUGAGUCUUCUUUGUCAAUGAUAAUAGAGGACAUGGCUAAUUUGACCAAAUCAGAGGAAUAUGUUCAUCUUGUUGAUAAGGAUCCCAAGCUUGUGGUACAAAUAUAUGAGACUUACAUGUCGAAACAAGUUAAUACUGCUGCUAGAAUCGAUUGAUCAUGUUUUAGUCGAUAACUGGCUUGCUGUUGAUGUGGGUUGAUUGUGUUGUUAGUUUGUGUAGGAAAAUUUGUGUUAUGAUUAGCCGAUUAGGCUGUGUAUAUACAGCAUAAGGGUGUGUGGGUUAAUAAGAUCUAUAUUCCACUUUCCAUAUGUAUGUUAUUGUAUUCAAUGUGUGUACCUUUGGCAAAAAUUUAAGAUCAUGUAUGAUUAGUGUCUUUUAUUAAGGAACCAAGUUAAGUUACUACUA